AUGAAUGAUAAUAGUCCUCAAUCUAAAUCUUCGAUACAAGCAUCAGGUUUAUCCAAUUCAACAUCUGGUCAAGUUCCACACGUAAAAUAUUCAAAUAACCAACAUUCUUCUCAAACAGCUUCCUCGAAUAAUGAUUUACUUGUUUAUAUACCUAAUAUCCCAACAAACAUAUCAGAAAAUGAACUUGAGGAAAUGAUUCAAACUCGUAUGGAUAAAAAUCUACGUAUCAAAAUAAGUGAUAUAAAAUGCUAUUCAAAUCUCGGUGUUGCUGUGAUUCGAUUAAUGAAUGAAGAAGACAAAAAACAUCUUGUUUCUAAUGUUCAAUCAAUGGUUCUCGACGUGAAACAUAAUACAAAUAUAUUGUUCGUUGACGAGCUCGAUCUCGAUUCUUAUAUAGUACUCGAUCGAAAUAUAUCCAAAAUUCCUACCGCUGACGAAGUGGCUCGUCGUUAUAUGCAAGUAUAUAAAAUAGCAGACCUUCGUCCAUGUCAACAGAUAUCCGUUCAGUUUCCAAAUAUUUUUCGUUUCUCUCUGAAUACAUUCGAUGAACUUGUUAAAGCAGUUAAAAAUCCAGAUUUUAAAAUUGGAAGUGCCUUUGCUACUGUUUAUUUGCGUGCUGAUUGUAGUUAUUUUGAAGAUUUACCACCAUAUACUAACGAUGAAAAAAUUUCAUCAGCCAUUGCCAAUCAAAUUGGUGAAAAUAAACUUCAACCUACGUCCUUUUACGUGCAAUAUAAUAAGCAGACAGGUAAUGCAAUUGUCUUAGCAACACAGUCAAACAAAAAAUGGAUAAUAGAAAGUGUUUUAACCAUCAAUGGACAAAACAUAACAAAAAAGACAAAACUUGCGUAUCGUGUUCUUGUCUUUCCUGUGCCUGAGGGUUUUAAUAUCGAUCAAAUUCUUAAACAUCAAUUAUUUGGACGAAUUGUUGCAAAUCAUCAGAUUAAUGAUCAUCUCAUUCUAGAACUUGAUGAUAUGAAUUGUUAUGAUAAUUGUUUAUCAGUUGGAGCUCUUCGUUUCGGCAACAUUAUGAUGCAAAUUGUGCCACAUACUCUAGCUGCUGAUCCAGAUAAAACUGAAAUAAAUGCGGAAAAUUGGUAUGAAACAGAGAUGUUCAAUAUAAAACCAGAUAUAAAGACAAUGAUAACAAAUCCUCAACAUCCAAUAUUUCGUUAUAAAUGGAAUGCACAAAUUUGGAUUGAACAGAUGAAUAAAUUAGAUGUGAAAGAUAGACAAUCAAAAAAAUAUGAUCUUAAUCGACAUUUAUUACGAGUAACAGUUAUGUUAAAUACAAUAGGUGUUGUUCGAAAGAAAAAAUAUGUAGUUGAUGGCGAAGAAAUAAUUUUAAAAUCUGAACCUAUGAAAACAAUUGGAUACAAUCAUCAAUCAAAAUUAUUAUACGGAAAAACAAUUGCGCAAACAGAUAUGAAAACACCAUAUCCAUCAACAAAUAUUAUUGUAAUUAAUGAAGAUUGUCUUGUUCUUUAUGAAAAAUUAGUCUCCGAAGGAUAUCGACCAUUAUUAUUAAAUAUGGCAAAUGCAACUAAUCCUGGAGGUGGAUAUCGUAAAGGUGAUGGAGCACAAGAAGAAAAUCUAUUUCGUCGAUCAGAUUAUUAUCAAAGUCUUGAUGCUGAUGUUGCCGAUAAAGAUCGAUCAGAACGAGUUUAUUGUACAGCAAAAUGUGAAUUGAAACAAUCAACAACAUUUGAUGAAUACUAUCCAAUGAAAGAAUUCGAAGCUAUUUAUAAACAUCUGGUAUUACUGUUUUUCGUCAAACAGAAGCCAAUGCAUAUGCUUUUAUGA